CCGCCGUAAGGGACAGGGCCGCCGCGGCGAGGGGUAGGAAGGCUUCUCUCGGAUCCUCCGGCUCCCACUGAGGCCACAGCCCCGCGUGGGAGGUGCCGCCCCUGCCCCCGCCACUCCCGUCGCCGCAGGUGCAGCCGCGGUUCGCGCGGUGCCGGACAGUGCCCGGAGCGGCCGCCUCCUCCCGAGCCGAGCAGCCCCCGCCGCCCCGCGCGGGACUCUCCUCACACAGCCGAGAUGCCGAGACAGUUUCCGAAGCUGAACAUCUCUGAGGUUGAUGAGCAUGUGCGACUCCUAGCAGAGAAAGUAUUUGCUAAAGUCCUCCGAGAAGAAGACAGCAAAGAUGCCUUGUCACUAUUCACCGUGCCUGAAGACUGCCCUAUUGGGCAGAAAGAGGCCAAGGAAAGGGAACUACAGAAGGAACUGGCAGAACAACAGUCUGUGGAAACAACUAAAAGGAAGAAAAGUUUCAAGAUGAUUCGAUCCCAGUCUUUGUCAUUACAAAUUCCAUCUCAGGAAUGGAAAGCACCAUCAGCCAAUCCUGUUAUGUCUCCUGCAACGCCAGUUCUUCCAAGUGCUUUUGUGCCAGUCCAAGUGCCAUAUGAUGUCCCAGAGUUUCAGAGAGUUUCAAUUAGUGGGGACUACUGUGCAGGGGUUACAGUUGAUGAUUAUGAACAGGCUGCCAAAAGCCUGGUCAAAGCUCUUCUCAUUCGAGAAAAGUAUUCACGUCUUGCCUACCAUCGCUUCCCAAGAACGACAUCUCAGUAUUUGUGUAGCAUGCAAGAUGAAAAAUGGAAGGUAGAAGAUGAAGUGUAUCCAGAUUUCCAUUCGCCCCCAGAAGAAAAUGAAGACCCUUACAAUCUUGAUGAUGCUCCAGACAAUUUGGAUUAUGUUGUAAAAUUAAAAGGUGGAAUUCCCUUUGUUUAUGAUAACAAAGAAAUGAUGGAACUCAAUGAGCCUCGGAGUCUGCCAUAUCCUGACCUGCAGACCUACACCCUUGACCUGAGCCACGUUCUUGCUCUAAUUGCAGAUGGUCCAACAAAAACAUACUGUCAUCGGAGGCUUAACUUUUUAGAAUCUAAAUUUAGUUUACAUGAGAUGUUAAAUGAAAUGUCGGAAUUUAAAGAACUAAAGAGUAAUCCCCAUCGAGACUUUUAUAAUGUGAGAAAGGUUGAUACUCAUAUCCAUGCUGCUGCGUGCAUGAACCAGAAACACUUGCUGAGGUUUAUUAAGCACACGUAUCAAACGGAGCCUGACAGGAUUGUUGCAGAGAAAAAAGGCAGGAAGAUGACUUUAAAGCAAGUCUUCGAAAGCCUUCACAUGGACCCUUAUGACCUCACUGUAGACUCUUUAGAUGUCCAUGCAGGUCGUCAAACUUUUCAUCGAUUUGACAAAUUCAAUUCCAAGUACAAUCCAGUUGGUGCCAGUGAGCUGAGGGACUUGUAUUUGAAAACUGAGAACUAUAUUGGUGGUGAAUAUUUUGCUCGUAUGGUCAAGGAAGUAGCCCGUGAACUAGAAGAAAGUAAGUACCAGUAUACAGAACCCCGCUUAUCCAUUUAUGGACGGUCUCCAGAUGAAUGGCUGAACUUGGCAAAAUGGUUCAUUAAGCAUAAAGUUUAUUCCCCUAAUAUGCGCUGGAUAAUUCAGGUUCCCAGAAUCUAUGACAUAUUUAGGUCAAAAAAUAUUCUGCCUAGUUUUGGGAAGAUGUUAGAGAACAUCUUCAUACCUUUGUUUGAAGCAACAAUCAAUCCCAAAGACCACAAAGAAUUGCACCUUUUCCUCAAAUAUGUGACUGGCUUUGACAGCGUUGAUGAUGAAUCCAAACAUAGUGGCCAUAUGUUCUCUGACAAAAGCCUUAACCCUGACCUCUGGACCAGUGAGAAGAAUCCCCCGUAUAGCUAUUAUUUGUAUUAUAUGUAUGUGAACAUCAUGUUGCUAAACAACCUUAGGAAGGAAAGAGGCAUGUGUACUUUUCUGUUUCGACCUCACUGUGGAGAAGCUGGGUCUAUCACACACCUUGUAUCAGCCUUUCUGACAGCAGACAACAUUUCUCAUGGACUGCUCUUGAAGAAGAGUCCUGUCCUCCAGUAUCUUUAUUAUCUUGCGCAAAUACCCAUUGCUAUGUCUCCGCUUAGUAACAACAGCCUGUUCCUGGAGUACUCAAAAAACCCCCUGCGGGAAUUUCUCCAUAAGGGACUUCAUGUGUCUCUCUCCACAGACGAUCCUAUGCAGUUCCAUUAUACAAAGGAAGCUCUCAUGGAAGAAUAUGCUAUUGCAGCCCAGGUGUGGAAACUAAGUACCUGUGACUUGUGUGAAAUAGCAAGAAACAGCGUAUUACAGAGUGGAUUGUCAGAUAAGGAAAAACAGAAAUUCUUAGGGGUGAAUUACUGUAAAGAAGGGCCUGAGGGAAAUGACAUUCGAAAGACAAAUGUUGCACAGAUCCGGAUGGCCUUCAGGUACGAGACACUCUGCAAUGAACUUAGUUUCCUGUCUGAUGCUAUGAGAACAGAAGAGAUUUCUACUCUGUCAAAGUAGUUACAAACUCAAAGAAACCAGAACAUUUCACUCCUAUCAGGAUGUUAAUUAACAUUGACUCAUCUGUCUUUGAUGCUACCAAGACAUAACUGAACAGUACAGAGAAAAAUAGAGUAUCUGUGGAAGGUAAACAGCGUUUGCUGUUAGCGUUUACUGCAUUAUUCUCAUUGCAAAAAUUUCAGUUUCUACAAAUGUUAGGCUCUAAAUAUUAAAUGCACACUCAGAAUCCUGUAGUAUUUGUUUCAUACUGUGUUACCUGUACACUAUAUUGGAAUUUGGAAGACAACAGAGAAUAUUCAUAGCGCACCUGUGACAUGCACCUCCAGACUCUGCAGAUGCUGACAGUGUCCACACAUCUGUUUUUGCCCUGCUGGUCUCAGUAGCAAUCACAGCAUUUAGCACUUGUAAGUUUAACUCCUUAUUCGUUAGCAGUUUGUAUGGGGUGCGUAAUUCUGAGACUUCCCUUUCAUUCCGGAGGGUGUUCUGCCAGUUUUUAUCUUAAUGUUUCAGCAGUUACACUGGAAAACAAGAAAACCCAAAAUCCGGUAGUCUUGUUUAAUGACUAAUUACUUCCUGUUGUCAUGUAGGAUGUCUGUGACGAACAGCAGAUUAAUGCUUUUUAUUCUAGUAAGUAGAAAACAUGGUGUCAAAAUCAUCACUAUUGUACAUUGUAAUAAUGAGUCUAAUUAUAUCAUGAAAACUUUGCCUUGAAAGUUGAGAACACUUUUUUAUUGCUUUGUAAGGGAGAUAAGUGGAUAUGCCAGUUCAAAUUAGUUGGAAAUUUAUGCAGAUAAUUUUGGUUGCAUGUAAAAAGAAAUUUUUUACUUGAACAAAGGAAGUGUUCUUAUGAAUCAGCGGUAGAAACUCCAGACCUGGGUUCUGGUCCUACUUCUGACAUAUUUUUACACAUUUGUGUUUGUUUGUAUUUUAGUCAAUUAGAAUCGAAUGAGCAGUCAAACUGGGUGUUUAUGCGGAAGCCAGCCCACUUGAGAUAUGUCAUUUCAUGUUAUGUUAAACUCUUUAUUUAUGAUGGAGCGGCUAGUAAAAUACAGCUACUGGAAUAUUCAUCACUGUCAAUCCUUUUUUCUGUUUGGUCACCCUUCUUAGGACAGUACUACUCAUUCAGAAAGGAUUAAAGGUAAUGAUGUGAUAGUAUCUAUGUAUUGCUAAAGUAAUACAGAGGGAGGUUAGGCAUCUUAGUAAUUCAGAAUUAAUGCAUAAAAAGGAAAUAAUGAAUACUAGCCCAUCAAGCCUCACUAGACCUAGAACCCUGUAUGUUUUACUACAUCAGACACCUCGUGCCACUCUGUUUCUUAGGCCAGGUCCUCUUCCUGCAGCUUGGGCACCUACAUCCUUCCUUUCAAGAGCAUAUCAGGUCUUGCUUUCCCUUGUAAAUGCAGCCAGAAGUAGCAGUGGUGACAACACCCAUAUCAAACUACUCACGAAUGGCAUAAAUGUAUAUCUGCAUUGAAGACAUACGUUCUUUCCUCAGGCUGGGGCAGUUCAAAGCAAUACCUACAAUGACUUUUUUUAAACAUGUACCUGCUAUCCUGAAUGGUGAUUGCAGGGAAAUGGCACCAAAGUAGGGGAGGAAGGAAUUCCCUAUUGCUUCCUAUAGUUGUGCAGCCCUAUAAGAACCCCAUAAGGGAGAUUAAACCUAAAGACCUUUAGGAAGCAGCUGGAAGGAAGGCUGCUCUGAGGGAAACCAAGGCCCAGGAGCAGAGUUCUGGCCCUCCAGUCACUAUGACAGCUAGCCAGUGUCACGCACAGGGAACUGAAGUCAUUGCAUACAUUCUUCAUCCAACAUAUGGUUGCAGAUAGGCGAUGGGAGACCUGACUUAAGCUCUUCAGCGACCUGGCCUAAGGUCUGCACUGUUUAACUAGUACUUGUAUUCCUUGUGCAGCUCAAAAUUGUGUGAAACUGUGUUAUGCAGCUCAACUGUAUGAUAAUAACAUUGUCUGAAGUUCUUAGUCAAUAACGCUACCUGGCCUCACUGUUAGAAAUGUUAGCAGCUCAUACAAUGCAUCAUCAGGAUUGGCGGGUGUGAUUUUCUUAGGAUGAAGUUUGAAAACAGUGGUUCAAGCAUUUUAGUUGCAUAAAAUGCAGAUGUCUUGUUUUCAUUAGUACAACUUACAACGUUGAUAACAAUUUAUUAGUAUUAUUUACCUGAGAAAAGCACCUGUGUCCAAGUUAAAUAAGGAACAUGCUUGGUUUGAAGAAUUGGAAGUAUUUUCUUGUGAUAAACAUCGGUUUACUUGGGUUGUGUCACCUGAAGAUUGCUAUUAGUGCUGCUUUUGUUGUCACUUCCAUUUCUUAUUUAGUUUUCUUAAUGCUGUACCAAAUUUAUGUAUGUUUAAUAUCUUUUCAGCUUUUCUUACCUCAAACACAUCAGGUUCUAAUAUGUCUGUAGCUCGUAUUAAAGCAAAAAAACUAAACUGGAUUGGAAUAUUCAGUUAACGGACAGUAACUGGGAUUUUGACAAAAAUAACAAUAACACACACGUUCUGCUUUCUGUGCUUCCCUGUGUGAUGCUUUUACAAAUAAAUUGAGCUAAUAGUGUUAUAUUUAGGGAAACAAACCAACAUCCUCUCAAGCUUCCACGACUACAUCUCUUUCGGUCAUCUUUUAAUUAGGCAAGAGUUAUUGAUUCUCAAGUUCAGUUCUUAAACUUCAGCUUCUUUUCUUUUUUAAAGUCGCACUUUUGUUCUAAGGUAUGGCUGCUCAAAACACCCUUGCAGUCUUAGGAUAUGUAGGUCAUGAAGGGCAGAUGCAGUGUUGAAGUGUUACUGACAUCUCAAUAACUCAAAUGCAAGACUGGGCAGUGGCUGACUUUCCACACCGCCCCACCCUGAUCAAGCCUGGUUACACCCCACCUUAUGUUUUACUCAAACAGAAACGGACAAGGGGAACAUCCUCAUAGGUGGUAAUCGUGGCGGGUGUUGCUUCAGAAUGGGAGAAUAUCCUGUUUUCACAAAAUUUCAUUGAUGUUAAGGUUCAAAUAUUAUUCAAGACUUCCUUAAAUCUGCUGGCUCAGAGCAUUUUAUACUUUCACCUAAAAAUUAUUAAUUAUGGUUGUUUGAUAUUUACAACAUAUCUGAACAAUUUCUAGUGAUGCUCUUCCCUUCUGUUACUUGAGCAAACUUAAGGCAUUUGUUGUGCCACUGGAUAGUACAAUUUUUCUUCUCACCCCUGAGCUACCUGUCUUCUCAUAUAAUUGUUCUUUACCUGUGGCUAAACUGUUCUGUUCUGUUUGCCUAGUUAAAAUCUACUACAAGUCUGAAAAAGGUGGUGGUGGGCAGGGAUGUCUGUAAAAACUGCUUUUCCUUUCUGUGCCUGGGUUAAAUGAUGUUUAUCUUUUGCCUCUUGUGGAAGCAUUAAACGUUACACCAAUAAAUAAAUUAUAAAAAAAUAUGGUUAGGGUUUUUUGUAUGUGUAUACCUCUCAAUAAAACUGUAGCUGCUCAAAA